AUGCAUUGGUGGGCAGGUGGUGGCUUGCUCGCGGCUGCCAAAACCCAGGACAAAGUCAACAUGGGAGAAUAUAUGAUCAUCGGUGGUCUGUUUGUUCAGAUUCUGUUCUUCGGCUUUUUCAUGAUCGUCUCGGUGAUUUUCCAUCGCCGUAUGCUUGCAACACCCAUGCAUCACAUGAUGUCCGCAGAGCUGCCAUGGAACCACUACAUGAGGAUUCUUUACACCGUUAGCGUUCUCAUUAUGAUUCGGUCUGUCUAUCGUGUGGCCGAAUAUGUGCAAGGAAGCGACGGGUAUCUUCAGAGCAAGGAGGUCUUUAUUUAUGUUUUUGAUGCGGGACUGAUGUUUGCCUGCUGUAUUAUCCUUAUUGCAUCCCACCCGAGCAAGCUAUUGUCGCACACGCAGGGGGGUUACAAAGUGGAUUCCGAUCUUGAGAUGCUGAAACCUGAGCGAGCAUAA